AUGUCGAUACUUCGAAUCAAUAACAACACUUACUAUCUUAAGUUAAUUGUUUGUGUCUGCACAUUCAUUCUUUUCGAUUUAACGAAUAAUUACAAUGUGGUGUCUAUCUCAGAGAUAAGAAAUAGGGACAUUGGAGUUGACGACUCCAACUCGAAUAAAAAUGAAGUAUAUGAUAAUUCAACCGAAUCAUUAUCACACCUUUUGAAAAAAGAGAUAAAGAGUCUUUUUCAAGACCUCUUAACUGGGAUACCAAUUGCGCAUAAUCAAGUUCGUAAGUACUCCAGUAGAUUUGAUGGUCAUGAACUACUUCAUCAUGAACCACUUCAGCACACAUCGGCAAUUCAUUUUUUGAAGUGCUUACAAAGGAAAAACGAAAGAAACGAUGAUCUGGACGACCCAAUUUUGAGCAAAGACGAUGAGUAUGCUUACAACAAUACAGACAUGAUAAUCAGUGUGUUAGGCGAUGAAGCUGGCAUUCCAGAUGACAUCAUCGAGCACAAUGACAAGGAAGGUGGUGAAAAUAUGUAUUUCAAUGUCUCUAAAGUGCGUAAAGAUAGAGUAGCACAAUUUGGUAGCUUAAGACUCUUCAAAGAUAAUGAUUAUCCUCUUUUUUGGGAUAAUUCAAUGUCUGUUUCAAUUGAACUCUAUGAAAUAAAGAAAAUAAAAUUCAACACAAGUUUAGACUUCAUAACCAAGACAAAUGUCAAGAGAGAUUACAAAGGAUGGAUUGUUCUGAAAAUAACGGAGUUGUUCCAAAAGUGGUCGUGGCAUCCUGAGAAAAAUUAUGGAGUUCAUCUCGACGUAGUUGUAGAGCACAACUUUGGUGACAAGAAAUUUUAUAAAUUGAGCGAUAUUGGUGUAAUUGAUAUCGAAGCUACGGAUAAAAAAGAACUUCAGCCGUUUGCAGUUGGAUUUUUCCAGAUGGUGAACACAUUAAAUGAUCAAGAUCCCGAGAAAAAAAAACGCUCCAGAAGAGAUUUGACUCAGAUGAUCCUGGAAAAGAGUUACCGUCCGCCUAAAGUUCGGAAAGAUGUUGAAAGUAAUUUUGAAUGCAAAGUGCGGAAAUUCCAGUUUUUCUUCGCCGAUUUCGGAUGGGAUGAUUUUAUAAUAGCACCUUCGUUCUUUGAUCUGUCAUAUUGUCAUGGUAGUUGUUCGAUAUCUCGGAUUAACAACAGUCAUCUUCCUAUGCAUAGUUAUUUGCAAAGAUUAGCUCAUGAUAUGUACCCUAGCAGUAUACCGAUACCGUGUUGUGCUCCUAUUAAGUUUGACUCUCUCAAUCUUAUGUACUAUGGUCAUAACAAUAAUAUUCUAUUAGAGAAAUUAAAACAAAUAAGUACAACUCAAUGCGAGUGUCUUUAA